GCAAACUUCAUUAGGGUUUCUGUGCAGUGGCAUUAUGGGAAUUACAGGAGUUUGCUCUAGGUUACUUGGUGACCUGGUUCAAGCCAUUGGAGGAGUCCCAUCCAGUUCGCCAAGCAAAGGAGCUCACAUUGAUCAAUGUGAUCAGUAUUCCAAUUACAAAUCACAAAGCAUUGCAACCAAAGUUGAUGAGUCCAUGGCAAGGGCACUGAUCACAGUGUUUGGGAUGGAAACAAAUGGAAGAAUAAAGAAGGAAAAAGCGCGGCGUGUCGUGGAAAAUCUUGGACUAAUACGUAAUGAGGAAGACCAGAUGGGUUUCGAUUUGCCUGGGGAUGAUCAUGAAGUGCUAGUGGAGGAGGUCCUUGGUAGAUUGGAGGAUAACGAGUCCGAGCGCAGCGAGCUCCUGCGUGAAGCAUUCAAGAUUUUCGACGAGGAUGGCAACGGGUUCAUAGAGGCUGUGGAGUUGAAAAGGGUUUUGGAGUGCUUGGGGUUGGGUAGUGGGUGGGACAUGGAUCAGGUAGAGAAGAUGGUGAAGGUUGUGGAUUUGAAUUUGGAUGGUAAGGUUGAUUUUGGAGAGUUUGAGUUAAUGAUGGGGUAAUUAAAAUGUAAUUAUCUUUUUGAUUAAGAUCAAGAUGCUUAAUUAUUAUUCUUUUAUUUUCUUCAAACAAAUGUUGUCCUAAUUGUAAAUUCAAUGGAUUCAUAACCUUUUUUCCUCAGCAA